GAUGCGGGGGAUUCGGGUAGGAGGGAGUCCAGAGGGGAGAAAGAUUACAGGUGGUGGGAGGGUGGGAACUGAUUUAAAGAAAGGGCGAAGGGAGAUUAUUAAAGAGCCAAAAUGCAGAGAAGAGCAGCGGCAAUCGACGACUGAGGAGGACGCGAAGCACUUUCCGCGGCGUUCCCUUCAGUCCGUACACGACACUCCCAGGCCCCGCCCCUUCCGCCGAGAGAGCCCGCCACUUCCGCCUCUCAGGGCCCGCCGGCUCUGAGCUCCUAAGGGUCUUCCCGCCGCUGACCAGACGCCCCGCCCGUUAGCCGCAACAGAAGCCGUAAAGCUCUCUCCCGUCGUGACGCAGCGCUCAAAGCGCCUGCGCAGACCCUGAAAAGCGGCCAGUGUGGCCCCUCGUUUUCCUUUUCCGGUUGCAGCGCCGCGCGGUGAGGUUCUCUCGUCCACGUUCGCAGCCAUGCCGUCCAAGGGCCCGCUGCAGUCGGUGCAGGUCUUCGGACGCAAGAAGACAGCCACAGCUGUGGCGCACUGCAAACGCGGCAAUGGUCUCAUCAAGGUGAACGGGCGGCCCCUGGAGAUGAUUGAGCCGCGCACGCUACAGUACAAGCUGCUGGAGCCAGUUCUGCUUCUUGGCAAGGAGCGAUUUGCUGGUGUAGACAUCCGUGUCCGUGUGAAGGGUGGUGGUCACGUGGCCCAGAUUUAUGCUAUCCGUCAGUCCAUCUCCAAAGCCCUGGUGGCCUAUUACCAGAAAUAUGUGGAUGAGGCUUCCAAGAAGGAGAUCAAAGACAUCCUCAUCCAGUAUGACCGGACCCUGCUGGUAGCUGAUCCUCGUCGCUGCGAGUCCAAAAAGUUUGGAGGCCCUGGUGCCCGUGCUCGCUACCAGAAAUCCUACCGAUAAGCCCAUCAUGACUCAAAAUUCACCUGUAUAAUAAACAGUUUUUGAGGGAUUUUAAAGUUUCAAGAA